GAAGUAAAGAUACACCGUUUCGAGUUAUGGUGGAUACCGCCGCUGCUGUUAGCUUCGUGGCUAACAUUUUAAAUGAGCUGGAGGUGCUGCCUUUCCAUAAAGCUCCUUCAGACUAGCGGCAGCAGCAAUUAGCAAACAGCUGAUUGAACUGCAUCUAACUGCUGGGCUUAUCAUAGGAACUACUUCUCACUGAAAUGCUGAACCGGGAGGAUGUGGAGCGACGCAGCGCAUGAAACUUUCUGCUGGAGAGGAGGAGAGGCGCGUUGCUCCGUGGAAACCAUGGGGGACACUCACUAAACUCACUCCAGCUCGGACUCGCCAUGGCUGUGGACGCUGCCUCCAGUUUCAGUUUCUGCAGACCCGCUGUGGAGUACAGGGCUCUGCCUGAGGACUUCAAGCACCAGCUGAGUCGGCGGACAGGUGGGAACCUAACCUGGCAUGACGGCCGAGGACAGAAAACGGCUGGGGGAAGAACCGUGAAGCUUCUGCAGCAGCCGGGCACGGAGGUCCUGCAGUACCGCUCCAGUGACAAUUACGGCAUCUAUCACACGAGUCCGACGCAGCCCAGCCUGAUCCGGCCCGUCGUCCUCUGGUCGCAGCAGGACGUCUGUAAAUGGCUGAAGAAACACUGUCCGCACAACUACCUGACCUACGUGGAGGCGUUCUCACAGCACGCCAUCACAGGCCGUGCUUUGCUGCGUCUAAAUGGGGAGAAGCUGCAGAGGAUGGGUUUGGUGCAAGAGACGCUUCGGCAGGAGCUGCUGCAGCAGGUGCUGCAGCUCCAGGUGCAGGAGGAAGGGCGCAACUUGCAGCUGCUCAGCAGAGGUUCUUUUGGAAGAAUAUCUUAGCUGGAGAAACUGGACGCUCCGAUGAGGAAUAAAUCCAGAAUGGUGUUGAACGAUUUUAACUCAACAUCGACAUGACGGACAGACGCCAUCUUUACAGACUGUGAACUGUGAUGAGAAAAGCAUCAUGACAAUCUGAUCUAAUGUUGUACUGCUCUGAUUUCUGCUUAAUUAUUAUAUUCAUGUGUAUCUUUAAACAUUGUCUGAAUUUUUAUGUCAAAAAUUUAAUUAUUAAACAAAACUGUUAAAGCA